GUAAAGAGAUCGAUCGACGACAAUGGGAGAGAAAUCUUAUGUGAAGCUUACCAAAGAGCAAGAAGCGUCGCUACAAGAAAUCACACCCGGCGAGCUCAACCAACCUAUCGACGUUCAUCAGUUACAUGAUCGUCGAUGCCCAGAAUGUGGGCAAUCCUUGCCCUCAUCCUACGAACCACCAGGCGACGAAGAUUGGUCUACUGGAAUCUUUAGUUGUGCCGAUGACCCUGAAAGCUGUAUAACCGGACUGUGUUGUCCAUGUAUGUUGUUUGGCCGCAACGUAGAGCAGUUGAACGAAGAGAUUCCGGCAAACAAUGCAUGUAUGUGUCAUGUAUUAUGUAUACAAGGGGGCCUGGCCUUAGCCGCAAUUGUUACAUUCGUCCCAGGUAUUGAUCCAGGUACUUCAUGUCUCAUUACCGAGGGCCUUUUAUUCGCGUGGUGGAUGUGUGGUAUUUAUACGGGCAUGGCACGUCAAUCGCUGCAACGUAAAUAUCACCUCAAGGAUUCACCUUGUGAUCCUUGUGGGGUACAUUGUUGCUUGCAUUGGUGUGCAAUAUGUCAAGAGCACCGAGAGAUGAAAGUGCAUUUAGCCGAGAACGUUCAAGAGACCAUGACAAGCCCCCCUCGUUCUCUAGAGAUGAGGGCCAAAGACGUUGAAUCUAUUUCUUCGUCUUCAUCAUGCUCUUCCUCUACUAGACAAGAUAGUGAAGCUAGUAGUAGUAAGGGUAUGGAACUUCAAGUCGUAGAAAGAUGA